CCCUACAGCUCAGCAACAACCAAUUAACAGGUCAAAUUCCUCCAGAAAUUGGCCUAUUAGAUCGCUUGAAGAUUUUUAAUGUUGCCAACAACCUUUUAUCUGGCCCAGUCCCUAUUUUUAUUAGCGCAACUAUACCUUCUGAAAGCUAUGCAAAUAAUUUGGGGCUUUGUGGUGGUCCAUUAGAGCCUUGUAAGUCUAAUUCAGAAACAAAGAAACAGGACAAAAUCCUCUUCACAAGUGGUUUUGUGGUUGGAUGGGUACUUUCUACCAUCUUGGCUCUAGUUCUUAACUUGUUUAUUGUGCCUAUCCUGAGUGCAAGAAAACUAAAGAGCAAGAAUGAGAAAAAACAAAAGACUACAGCUUCUCAAGGACCACGACUUUUAACUUCGAAUGGGAGAAUCCAAGACUCUAAGAUUAUGGCACUGGAAAAACAUGUAACAAGAAUGAGUUUCGAAGAACUCGGCAAGGCAACCGAUGAUUUCCACUGUAUGAAUAUAAUUGGAACGGGGAAACUGGGGACAAUGUACAAGGCAAUACUCCAAAAUGGUUGGUUUCUUGCCGUCAAGAAACUCCAUAACUCAUAUGAUUUCGAUCAAGAAUUUAUGUCUGAGCUCAUGACUGUUGGAAGGAUGAGACAUUGCAAUUUCGUACCACUCAUAGACUUCUGCUAUGAAAUUAACAGCAGACUUUUAGUCUAUAAAUACAUGUCGAACGGAAACCUCCAUGAUCUCCUCUUUUCUGCUCAAAACGGCAAGGUCAAGUGCAUAGAAUGGCCUGUGAGGGUGAAAAUAGCAGUUGGGAUUGCGAGAGGACUUGCAUGGCUUCAUCAGGUUGGAGUAGUCCAUAGCAGCAUUUGUUCAAGAUGCAUAUUGCUUGAUCAUGGUUGUGAACCCAAGAUAUCCAACUUUGGAAGUGCAAAACUUUUGAAAUCGAACUUUACUUCUUCGAGUUGGAGAACUGUGGUAGACAAUGAAGUAUGGGAGUCGGGUUCGUUUAAGAAGGAUGUCUAUGAGUUUGGAGUUGUGCUUCUUGAGUUAAUUGCUGAAAAGGAAUUUAGCCAAAUGAAUGGUUAUCUGAAGAGUUUUGAAGGUCUUGAUAUGGUCGAAUGGACAUUUCAGAACUCCAAACCAUGCGAUUCGGAUGAGAUUAGGCAAGUAUCUGAAAAUGAGAUCCUUGAGUUUGUUAGAGUUGCAGUUGACUGCAUUCAAUCUAAUCCGGCAAGAAGGCCAUCCAUGCUAGAAGUGUACAAAACAUUGAGCAAAAUCACUGGGAGAUCUGAACUUGGAAAUGAUUAA